AGUGUCAAUAAAUGCGAAGAAAGGGCACCGGUCUUCUUACGUUUGCCAUCAUCGCGUUUUUUUAACGUUACGGGAUAAGUGAUUUAGUUAAUCGAGAAUUUCUUUGCGUAUUAACUCGUGAAACAUUUGUCAAAAGUUUUUUAAUUGUUGCGUAUAUGCAGGCGGAACCGCGUGCGGGCGGUUCCCACGCGUCCGUGCAACAAGUGUCAGACGGUAGCGGUCGAUUAUAACGGACAAAUAUAACUAAUCAAAAGACACGUGUUAUAAACGCGAUCAGUGCAUGGUGUUUAUUGUUUAUCCUGUGCAUAUUUAAAAUCCCGGUGAGGAUGGGCUGUGCUGUAAGCACCACCGGAGACAAAGAAGCCGCUGAAAGGUCCAAGAAAAUCGACAAGGAUCUGAGGGCCGAUGGCGAGCGAGCCGCCAGUGAGGUCAAGCUCCUCUUGCUUGGGGCUGGAGAAUCUGGUAAAUCUACAAUAGUAAAACAGAUGAAAAUAAUUCAUGAGACUGGCUAUAGUAAGGAAGAAUGUGAACAAUAUAAGCCAGUAGUAUAUAGUAAUGCAAUACAAAGUUUAAUGGCAAUAAUCAGAGCUAUGGGCCAGCUAAGAAUUGAUUUUGCUGAUUCUAGUAAGGCCGAUAUAGCCCGACAAUUCUUCACCCUAGCUUCAGCAGCAGAAGAAGGUGAACUUACAGGAGAGUUAGUAUUGUUAAUGAAGAGACUAUGGCAAGAUGCAGGUGUACAACUUUGUUUCACACGUAGUAGAGAAUAUCAACUGAAUGAUUCAGCUGCAUAUUAUUUGAAUGCUCUCGAUCGUAUAGCACAACCUAAUUAUAUUCCUACUCAGCAAGAUGUUCUUAGAACACGUGUGAAAACUACAGGAAUUGUGGAAACUCAUUUUUCAUUUAAAGGAUUACAUUUCAAAAUGUUUGAUGUUGGUGGUCAACGGUCAGAAAGAAAAAAAUGGAUACACUGUUUCGAGGGUGUUACAGCCAUUAUUUUUUGUGUUGCUCUCAGUGGGUAUGAUCUGGUCCUAGCAGAGGAUGAAGAAAUGAAUAGAAUGAUUGAAUCGAUGAAGCUAUUUGAUUCCAUAUGCAACAGCAAGUGGUUUGUCGAAACGUCGAUUAUAUUAUUCCUUAACAAAAAGGAUCUUUUUGAAGAAAAAAUUGCUAGAAGCCCGUUAACCAUUUGUUUUCCGGAUUAUAAAGGUGCUAAUACAUACGAGGAAUGUGCAUCUUAUAUUCAAAUGAAAUUCGAAAACUUAAAUAAAAGGAAAGAUCAGAAACAAAUUUACACACAUUUCACAUGUGCCACAGAUACAUCUAAUAUACAAUUUGUAUUUGACGCUGUGACCGACGUCAUAAUUAAGAAUAAUUUAAGCAAUUGUGGAUUAUUAAGCUAAGUGUUGCAAUACUCCAUUAUUUUAUAAAAUGUAAAAAAAAUCUUUCCAAAUAUUGGAAACACAACGAUCAAUUUAUAGACAUGACAAAAAAGAGACUGUAUUAAAAACUGUAAAGAAAGGGAGGGGAAAACAGUUUAUUAUCAUGCAAACACAUGUACUAAUCUCAUAAGACUUUUACUUUGACAUCUCAUUAACAUUUAGUAUAUCCUAUAUUCUUUUUUAUUAGGUAUUUCCUUACUGGAUCCCGUACUUUUUGACACAGCAUCCUCUUUUUCUAUAUUAUUAUAUGCUGACAAUGAACCGCUUUUCAUUUUUUCUGGAUUUAAUUCUGAGUAAUGCGCGCAACAAUAUACGGUGUGUGUAUAUAUUUAGAUAUAUAGAUAUAUACACAUACAUACAUACAUACAUACAUAAAUACAUAUAUAUAUUAUACUUGAAAUUGUAAAUUUAUAAUCAAUCUGGAUUUAUAAGAAUCGAUCUUUUUUUCACAUCUAUAAAAAGAUAAUGCGUGCAGACGGAAGAUCUCUUAAUUUUUUAUUCAUUGUAUUUAGUAUCGAUCAGGAUUUAGUUAGAUAUUAAUUUAAGACUUUUUGCAAGUCAAUAACGAAUUUUGGAUUGAUUUAUUUAAACAUAAUCAUGUAAGUUUAAAUAAUAUCAAUGCAUCGUAUCAAUAUAUUAUCGUGCUAGAAACGAAUGUUGUGCGAAAUUAAUUUAAAGUUAUGGAACGCGAUAACACAAUCGUUAUGUGAUUUAAUGCGCGUCAGUUUUUCCCCUUAAAAAUUUGGAUAUCUUCGAUAAACUAUCUUGUAAAUCGAAAGAAAGUACAAGAAACUUGUAUUAUUAACGUGUAACGUAACAAGAAAUUUAAUUAAAUGAAAAAUGAUGUAUAUAUUAAAAUAUAUUUACAUAUUAUUCAUCAUAAAUUGUUGCUACGAUCGGGAUAGUCUUUUCUUACUCUUGACGUAUCCAUGAUGCAUUGUUCGAAUAUUGCCAUUCGUUGAGUCAUUCUUGUACUUUCCGUUUCUGAUGUCAUCAACAAUCUAAAAUGAUUGAAAUGUGGCUCGUGAGGAAUCGUUAUGGGAUAUAUUCGUUUUUGUACAUAAUUUAUUUGCUAAAAGGGAUUAAUGUGUUAUAACUAAAAGCAUACUCUUCCGGAUUUGUGUUCACAGCCAUUUACAUUGCUUUACACAUGAUCUUAGUUUUUGUGACAGGCACAGCGCUUUGUGUUUACAAUAUAUUUAUAUAUAUAAAUUCGUCAGACACACACACACACAUAAAUUUAGCGGAAAACAUUUUUUUAUAUAUCAUUCUACAAUGUAUAAAGUAAAGAGACCAAUUUUAUAAUAUCUCCGUUUAACAAGAGCACAAAUAAAUAUUACAUCAAUUGGCAUAAAAAUUGAAGGACCGGUUAUGUGCUACUUAGAUAAAUAAAAUUUUUUUUUCUUUUU